AUGAAGGGUGCUCUCGUUUACGAGAAAUGUAGGAGGUCAACGGAGGGAGACUAUCCCAAGUGUUUUCUUUCGAAAACAAAAAAUACUUCUGAUAGAUUGGUAAAGAAAGAAAAUCCACUUUCAAAGUUUGUUGAUAAAUACGGCACUUGCUUAGCAAAUAAACGCGAGGUUGCAUACUCAUUGCUGUCAAAAUAUACUCAAAAUUUUGCAAACAAGCAGAGGAAAUUAGGAAAAGAAGAGCUAAUACAACUUCAGUAUUUUUUGGAUAAUCAUCGGGAACUGGAGAUCGUCGAAGAAAGUAUUUUUCGAAUGAAUGGCAAAUAG